GAAGCCGCGGUAACACGUGUUAGCUAGCUGAAGUUCUCUCUGUCUGAUUAACUAUGGCUGAAAGCCUUGUUCAAGCUGCUGCUCAAUCAGCAGGUGGUCCUAACCUCCAAGAUUUGGACGAGACUGGAAGCCAGGAGCCUGAGAGUGAUGGAUUCUUUGUAAAAGAGUUCUUUUGGGACAAGAUAGUGGUACUCCUUGCCACUUCAAUCAUUGGACUUACUGCUUUGGACAUUCUCACUGAGCUACUCAGAGGGGGUAGUGGAGUUGUGUGUUUUAUUCCAGAGGACCUCAAUUUGUCAGAUGAUCAGUCAGAGUAUGUGAGCAGCUUCUGCUCUCGAAGUGUCCCAGAUGCUCAAUAUGUUCCUAUAUUUGUCUUGAUUCACGGCGUACUAAUCACUGCCUGGCACUACAUCUGGAAAUCAAGUUUCUCAGCUCAGUUCGAUUAUUUUUUCUCUCUAACGAGCCAUUUAUCUCGAUUCCGUGACGAGUUAACUGGAGAGUAUCCGCUCAAGAAUCUCCGAAUAAUCAACCGGCUUGAAACGGAGUUCUGCACUUAUCGGAGAAGCAGUAUUCUUCGCUGGUACCAAGUGAAACUAGUCUCUCAAUUAGUCACAGCGAUUGUUUCUAUUCUACUGUCAUUUCUUGUCUUCAACGACUUCAAUGUGGACUUUACAUGCAAAUGGAGAGACCCUAAUGAUGGAAUGAUUACAAACGUCCCAUGUAUAUUCGCAUCUCUUCGUCUGUUUUUCCUAGUGCGUAUUUUUGAUACGAUACUUCUCGGACUGAUAAUUAUUGUGACGCUGUUGGCAUUUUUGUGGACUUUUGUGAGGCAUACAGUUGAAUUAGGCUACAAAAAGGUAGCGAAGUUCUCGUUCUGUGGUGGGAUAAGCCCGGAACAUUAUCUGCCGAAACGGCUACUGUCUACAAGAGGAAUAACUCAACUAUUCGUGCCAAAGAUGAAGAAUGACUUUGACUUCCUGCUGUUGGCUCUGUACAAGACGGACAGUGGCCUGGCGCACAUAUUCAAGGAAGGACAAGUGGAGAGGGAGAAAAGUGUAUUCUUUGAGACAGAGAUCCGUUAUCUUACAAGUUAUGACUACAUUGACGAAGAGAACGAGCUAGCUGACAAGAAGAUGGCACCCAGGUGGAUAGUACCCCAUGCCGCUAAAACCACAUUCCAGACUGUGGAAGUUGAUAGACCCAUGGUGCUACCUGGAGACAUAGCUGGUGUGGUGAUGGGAAUGGGUGUUCGUGCUCCUUGCAAUAAGUAUGCUCUGAGUGUGUCUUUUGGAAGUGAGGGAUUCUCUCCAGCCUUGGCCAGAGUGUUUAAUCAUGUUGGAGCAAUCAACUUUGACCCUGAGUACAAGAACAAAGAGGAGCCGAUUGUGGUGACCAAAUCUCCUGCUAACAUGACACUGUUUCGCUGCCAUCAAGACAUCUUCAGCCUGAGCACAGCACAAAACAACCAGUUCUCUAUCCAGACAGACGAGGGAAUAUGGGAUAAAGGGUAUAAAACAGAUUACAUGGUGGUGGGCCCAGUACAAAGCAAGGAGCAUCUAAGCACACUAACCAAGUUGAUAAAGAGGUUUCGGUACUACUUCUCGGAAAAUUCUGUUUUACUGGUUGUGGUUCCCAAGGAAAUUGAGGGGAAAAAGACAAAAUUCAUCGCCUUCAAGCCACCUGUAAAGCUCUUUCAACCACUCGCCCACUCGGUCGCAAUAUCCCCUGAACGGUUGAAGUGGCCCCCCUCCCCCAUAGAGACUGGCUCUAAGAACACAACCCUCUCACUUGCCUGUGGAUCAGCUACCUGCACCUUUGACCUCAAACUAUACAGGUUUAUUACAGAGGAGGAAGAGGAGUCUGAUGUUUCGGACAGUGAGAGCUCUGAGGAAGAGGGACCCCCUGGAAAGGGAGACAAAGAGCCCCCCAGGGAGGGAGACAAAGAGCCGCUGUUGGAGGAGAGUGGUGGUCCUACGUCAGCAGCAGCUGGUAAAGGAAGUCCACAGCUGCUCAAGAAGCAACUAAACACUGCUGAUACAAACGUAGAGAUUGAAAUGGAACCAUAGCUGACAAACCAUGACUGACACUUAGUGAGUAGAGAUUUUGUAUUUUUUUGUAUUCAAUUUUCCGAAAUGUAUAUAAUUUUAUAGUUUCAAUAUUUAGAUGGAUUUAUGCAUCAGUCUUAUCAAGAACUUUCGUUUUCAUGGGCGUAUUUUUAUACUGAGCUUGAUUCCACCAUAGAUUGAAGAGUUAGAGGGAUAGGAAACGGUUGGUAUCUCGAGUAACAUCCGCGCUACGCUGUGGUUUAAUCGAGGCCAUCACAACAAUAUCUAUUUCUACACUCAGUGCAUAAUAAACUACAAGUAACUGUGCUUAGUCCGUGCAACUCACUUAUAUUUCAAGGUCUAUACCUAUUGUAGUAGUCAUAACCAGCACGCUUACACGUUACAUGUUCCAAUAGCUCUAAAACAGCCUUGGGAACAUAUAACUUUAUUGGAAAGUCUCUUUUUACUGGGUGUGGUCAGUCAUUAGCAAGUACUACACGUGGCUCAUGGACUAGGCGUGUUAUAAGUUGCUGAAAGAGAUGAUGUCUCGAGGAAACACAGCUUUGGGAGUUACCUGACAAAAAUAUGGUUAAUAGCCUCGUUCAUAGGGCGUAGCGCGGAUAAUUUUCGAGGCUCCACUGCAGAUUCAAUGUAAAAUCAUCACGUGCACCACUCCGUUUCCUAUCCCUCUAACUCUUCAAUCUAUGAUUCCACAAGGGUAUUAUUUGGUGUACACAACUGUACUAGUUGCCAAGCAUGUGGGCUGUUACACAUACGUCAUGUGACUAUGUGGACAUGCAUGUUUGUGGUCGGUGUUCUAUUUGACCAAUUAACACUAAGCCACACACUCUGUUAUGUGGUCAUUGCAUACCCUCAGGUGCACCUCUACUAUAGAGCAGUGUAUUGUUAUCAGAUUGCCUUACUACUCUUAUUUGGCAAUUAUACAGUUUGCUAUCAAGCAAUAACAAUAUUAGACAAUCAUAUCUGCGGCCAGAGAGCUGACCAAUGGGAUUGCAGCAUAGGAACAAUGGGAAAUCAUUCAAUAGACACGGCACACGUGAUUUAACUACAUUCAUUCGGCAAUAGCAAACCACAAGAUAAGAAAUAGAGAGGUGGUUCUCUCUAAGUUAGGAAAACACUCUAAGCUUAGGAAUUAACCUUGAUUGGUGGUAUAUGUGUAGACUAGAGGUUUUGGUGUUCUAAGCUACAAGACAAAGCUACUCCUGAGUUAGUCAAAACAUGUCAGGCAAAGACAAGAGGCUUGAUCCGGGGACGGACUGGGACAGCGAGGAGGAAUGGGAGGAGAGAGAGAGACUGGUGGUCGCCAACACACACACACAGCACUGGAACAACGACAAAGCCGAGCAGACUGCUACAUCGCCAGGGUUUGUGGCGUUUGUGAGGAACGAUGUGGGCUGUGGGGGGUGGAGGAAGGGUGGAGCACUCAUGGACCCCACACAGAGCAAAAAGGCAUCUGCACAACCAGAAACAAGGCCUUGUAUCAGCUGCGACCAGCCCACGACAGUAUGGCACUCAGCGGAGAGGUUUACCUGUGAUGCAGACAAUGCUGGCGACCCACAGGAGUUGAGAGCUCACAACCAGCUGUGUACGGCAUGUGCCACGGACGAAGAGAAGUGCUCAGAAUGCCCAUACCAUCCCGACUCUUUCUACAAGAAUGAUGUGGACGAGAACAGAGUACCAGAAGUUGUCUGGAGAGCCUGAGGGGACACUUAGUGACACUGACCCUGUAUGUGAGAACUGCAUAUAUACUUAGUGUGCAAUAAUAAUUCAGUAUUGCCUGUACCAAGAGUAUUAUUCUUGCCUGUACCUAAUGUUCAUUUAAUUAGCUUUCUUGC